CAACAAGUCUCUCUGAGGGAACGCAUGCGCAAGUCCGUUUUCCUCCUUGACCCUCUCCGGAUCUCAAUAAAGUUUGCGUUCUCGUGGUUUAUUUUGUUUCUUCUCGUUUUUGUUUCCAAGAGCUCCGCCUGUUCCUUACACUUCCGGUUCAGUCGGUGUGUGGGGCCGUCUGGGAUGGUCUUGGCGGCGGCAGCGGCUGUCCUUGGCGUGGGAGCGGCGACUUGAUGGUCUUUCCAGUAUUUGUAUUUUAGAUUGAAGCUAGCACUAAUGCUAACAUUGGCAAGCAAACUGAAACGGGAUGAUGGUGUCAAGGGCUCCCGUACUUCCAACUCCACUUCUGAUUCUACUCGAAGAGUGUCAAUUAGAGAUAAAUUGCUUGUUAAAGAAGUUGCAGAACUUGAAGUAAAUUUACCUUGUACAUGUGAAGUGAACUUUCCUGACCCAAAUAAACUCCAUUUCUUUCUCCUAAUCAUAAACCCAGAUGAAGGCUAUUAUCGAAAUGGAACAUUUCAGUUUGAAAUAGAGGUUCCUGAUGCCUAUAAUAUGGUUCCUCCAAAGGUAAAAUGUUUGACAAGAAUCUGGCAUCCAAAUAUAACUGAGACAGGGGAAAUCUGUUUGAGUUUGUUAAGAGAACAUUCUAUUGAUGGCACUGGCUGGGCUCCAACUAGAACCUUAAAGGAUGUUGUUUGGGGAUUAAACUCUUUAUUUACUGAUCUCUUGAAUUUUGAUGAUCCUUUAAAUAUUGAAGCUGCAGAACAUCAUUUACGUGACAAGAAAAUCUGCAAAUUCCUCAGUGUGCCUCUUCAGAUGGACCUCAGUCUCUUCCUUCCCCAAGAGGAGACAGCUCACUUUAAAGAGGACUUCCGAACUAAAGUUGAAGAUUACAUUAAGCGCUAUGCAAGAUGAUGAUGGGAGAUGGAUAGCAAGGCCAUGAACACACCUUGAUGUUUUCCUAAAACCACCACCACCAAAAAAGAGGGUUUUUUUGUCUUGUGUUCAUGUUUUGAUUAAGAAAACAAUCCUCUUUGUUAAAUGAAAAGAUCAUCCAUACAGCAAGAAAAUGAUGCAUGUUGGAUACAAAAACUUGUGUUUAACUUUCAACAAUCUCUUUUUGAAAUUAUAUAUUCAGAAGCGAGAUCUUCUUGAUACUAAAAAGAAAGCCCUAUUAAGAUCAAUUAUUCAUUUUAAAAUUUUCUUAAUAGAUAGUACGGAAUAUUUAAAUAUGGCAAUAAAUAAAUGUGGGCCGAAAUUGAACAUGCAUUAUAUUGAGUGCAUAUGUUAGCUCUGUCUACUGUUGCUGUUAAAUUUGAAAUUGCUGAUACUGUUUAAUUUUUUAUCUACUGAUUUAAAUUUGCAUUUACUGUGCAAAGCUCUUACUGAAAUGAAGGCUGAGUCUGAACACAUAUAAAUACAGUGUAUUUCUUUUAAAACAUAACUAUUUUACAUGCAAAUGUAAUGAAAGGUAUGACAAUUUUUAAAUACCUUUAAUUUUUGGUGUGGAGAAUUGAUAUUUCAGAUUAUUAUAAAACAAAGUAAUUUUAAUUUUCUGGUACCAAAGCUUUAGUAAAAAGCUAAUCCUUGAGAUCAAAUUAAGGCUGACUGUAAGAAGCUAAAUUUAACACUGUAAGAAGCCAAAUUUUUCAGGAUAAACAUGGUAUAAAGAACUUUAAAUAUAACUACAGUAGCUCUAUCUCAUGUAGUUCUGGUGAACUACAAAAUUUGGGUUGAGUAUACACUAUGUAGGUAUAUUUAAAAACAGAUGCUACAUGCAAUAUGUACUUCAUAUUUUAUCUUAACUCUUUUUUGACACAAUAAUCAUUCAAAAUAGUGAGAAUCAUACCCCUCAAAUAAUUUAAAAUUAAUUAAAUUAUUGCCAAACUAGAGACAAAAAUGUUUGUUUAGUUUCAUACACAUUGUGUGCAUAAUAUUUUUGCCUCAACCUUUUUCAUAUAGAAGAAUCUAAUUUAUUAGGUCCUUCUGUAAUUUCCCAAUAUAGUAAACCUUCAAUUUAAUGGUCUCAUUGGGAGAAAGAGGUAUAAAUAAACCUCUUUAAAAGGAAUAAAAGCAGGAUGUCUGCUGAUUCUGAAUAGAAUUUUAUCUAUGCAUAUUUUAUGCAUUUUUUAAAAAACAUAAAAUUGGAAUGAGAUUUUAUGCAUGUUUUGAAUGGUGAAUGGGAUUUUAUGCAUGUACAGAUUUUCAUCAUUGCAUCUGAAGUCUGAAAAUCUAUUAAAUCAAAUGUUUACUACAUCAUACUUUAAACUUUGAUAGUCAAUUUAUUAUAAUUACACCUCAGUAAAUAUUAUCAGUCAUGAAUGAAGGAGUAUACAUGUCCUAGGAUAAUGUUGUAGGAUCCAAUCUGGGUUGGUCACUGGGACCAGAGAUUUUGUCUUCUGAGCUUGUGCUGGAGCCCAUCUUCAGGGAACUUCUUUCUAACAGAGUACUGUUGUUCUGUGUGUGGCAUUUAUAUAGUGCCUGUUUUAUGUGGCUUUUAAAUGUUGAUUGGGAAGUGUUGAUGGCUGACUAUCAACCAUCAAGUCAGCGAUCAACAGACCCCAAUCAACAUCUAAAAAGCCACAUACAAUACCACACACAGCACACAUUCUGAUAAUAGGCACCAGCAUGUGUUCGAAAACUCAGAAGACAAAACCUCUGCUCCUGAUGAUCAACCCAGUUUGGAUCUAUCAUCAGUGUAACGAUAUUCAAAACAAGGCACUUUGAGGUUCAUUUGGAAUGAGAAUAAAUUAAAUACAUGGAUUAAAUGUUCAUUGCAAUUAAUGGUCCUUAGAAAAUGCUUAAUUUGUUGAAAUAGAAGUUUCAAAAUAAAAAUUAUUUCUUUAAA